CCACUUAUCCACACUUCCAUAAUCUAUUCCACCCACAGAAAUGUCGAAGACUGUUCUGAUCACUGGCGCUAACAGGGGUAUCGGCCGCGCGCUCACCAAGUUCUAUCUCGGGAAGGGCUGGCGCGUCGUAGCAGCCGCUCGCGAUCCCACCAAGAUUCCCCAAGAGGACAAUGCAGUCAUCGUCAAGAUCGACUCGGACUCCCUCACCGACGCGAAAGAGGCGGUGGAAGAGCUCAAGAGCAAACACGGCAUCACCCACCUCGACGUCGUCAUCGCCAACGCCGCUUCCGCCCCCAGCCCGGGGCCUCUCGUUAGCGCUUCCAUCUCUGAGCUGUCUGCUGGCUUGGUCACAAACGUCAGCGGUCCUCUCGCUCUUUACCAGGCGACAAGGCCUCUUUUGAGCGAUGAAGGCGCCUUUGUGGGAAUCACCUCUACGGUGGGAUGUGUCACUGGGGCCUGGGCGCCUUACCUUGGGGCUUAUGGAGCUACGAAAGCCUCUCUCAACUUCAUCAUCAAAGGAAUCCAUAUCGAAGAGUCAAAGCUCAAGGCUUUCGCUAUCAAUCCUGGAUGGGUCGACACCGAUAUGGGCAACGCGGGGGCGGCCUUGGCCGGGCUUGAUGCGCCCCCUGAUAAGUUGGUUGACACCGUCCCUGGCAUCUACAAGGUGAUCGAUGAGGCAACGAAGGAAAAGACUUCUGGGCUUUUGUGGAACCACGACGGUGCUAAGGUCCCCUUCUGAUUUUGCCUCCUUCUGCAUGCUACGGUCAUGACAAUACAUGAUAGACAAAGCAUGAGUGCGAAAUGACAUCCUUAUCCUUCAGUGCGCGAGCCGUCCAUUUUGGGUAUUACCUAGACCACUGCCUUGUGCAAGGCCUUUCGUACAUCUUCAAAUACCUUUCCGCGAUUGUUCUGUGCACAUACUCGAUCAGCCUAAACUUCCACAUCAAGACUAUGGUAGGCAGGAAGGCAAAUCAGAAAAAGGAGGAU